CAAAGUUUGAUUUUAACUCUAAAUAAGCAAUAGAAAUAUAUAAAGUGUCGAUAAAUGGAUAAAUGUCAAGAAAACACUAAUAAACGUGAUGCACGUUCAUUUCUAUGCGCACGUGAGCCUAGUAUUGAUCGCAGAUAUCGUCCUCGUCCGAACAAGCAAAAGCGCUUGUUCAAUGAGGCUAUACCGGAAUCAGAGGAUAGCUUAGAUUACUCAGACACAGAGUCAGAGAAUACAGAAGCAACUCCAAAUUUCACUGACGAUGGUACUACAGCAGACAUUAAAGAGAUUGAGAGCGGUCCUCAAGUGUUUCUGCGCCUGCGUCCAGUUGAUUUGGACUCCAGUUCUUACGUUGUCUCAGAAUGCGGCAAUACAUUGAUAGUGAAUCCGCCAGCAAAUGAGAAUACCAGCAAUAAUGUAAAUCGCAUGGAGAAGCAUUAUAGCUUUAGUGGCAUAUUUGAUAGCUAUGUGGAUCAGAAGGAGAUUUACGAGAAGUGUGUGGCACCAAAAAUAUUGGAGGAGGAGUGCCUGACAUUGAUGACCUACGGUACAUCAGGCUCUGGAAAGACAUACACGCUGUUGGGGGACUGCGUUCGACCUGGAGUCAUUCCACGAGCUUUAGAGAAUAUUUUUCGAAUGUAUGGCACGCGCAUUUAUAAUACACCCAGUCUUAAGUUGGUCAAUUCAGAGUUGAACAUAUUGGGUGACUCAGCCAUUGCGAAAGAGCUACAGAUACACCUUGCCAUGCUUGCCCAAUGCCCGGAUAUAUCGUCGCUGCAUCAGCGGCAGCAGAAGGUCAUAGAGGAUGACUACGAGUUUCAGCCGAAACCAUUGGGUGAUGUCUCUGUUAUGAUUUGGGUUUCCUUUGCGGAGAUUUAUAAUGAGCAGGUGUAUGAUCUGCUAACGCUUUCUUCUAAGCAGUCGAGCAAAUGCGAGACGCGCCGCAAAAAUCUCAAGAUAGUCGGCAACAAUGGGAAGGCUUUCAUAAAGGGUUUAACCAGUGUGUUUGUGAAGCGCAGUGAGGAAGCGUUUAAACUGCUGCGCCUGGGACAGCAACGUCUCACUUAUGCCUCGACGGCUGUUAAUGCGAACUCCAGCCGUAGUCACUGCAUAUUUACACUAGAUGUGCUCAAGUAUUAUCGCAGUGGCAAUACUACACAGUGUUCCUACAAAUUCUGUGAUCUAGCCGGCUCAGAGCGUGUCGAUAAAACUGGUACUAAGGGUUUCAGGCUGAAGGAGGCGCAGAGCAUCAAUACUUCGCUAAUGGUACUAGGACGUUGUCUCGACGCGGCCAGCUCGUCUCAGAAAAAGAACAAUACUGACCUCAUACCCUAUCGCGAGUCAAAGCUAACGAUGCUGCUGCAGGCACCACUUCUUGGCAGAGAACGUCUGGCCAUGAUUGUCACAGUGACACCAUUAGAUAAAUACUAUGAGGAGAACUUAAAUGUUGUCAACUUUGCAUCCAUAGCCAAAGAUAUUAUAUUCAAGCAACCUAUGAUUAUGCGACAUAAGAAGCGUUACUCAGUUUUUGCCGAGUCCAAUGGCAUUGACACUCAAUAUGUGGAGAGACUAGAGGAAGAGAAUCAUAGUCUGCUUGCCGAAAUAGAGCGAUUAAGAUAUGAGAAUGUGCUACAAAUGCAGCUGCAAGAAGAGAAACUGCGCAAGGAGCUUACAGAUAGAUUCCAGGACAGUAUACAAACCAAUUUAGAUGCAAACCAGGAGCGUAUGGACAAAAUGAAAGUGCUCCUGAAUCGAGAGCAUGAAGCAAAGAUGGCAGCGCAGAAGCGUAAAUAUGAAGAAGAGAUUGAAGACCUGAGAGAAGAAAUAGAAGACCUUAAGGAAGAGCUGCAGGAACUCAAGUCUUCCAAUAGUGAUAUUGAAAUUAUUGAUGAUGACUAA